GGAGGCGGGAGCGGGGCCCCGCUGGCCCCGCUCACCGCCGCGCUCCGCUCCGCUGCAGGGGGAAGCAGCGGCAUCGGCGCGGCCACGGCGCUGGAGCUCGCCCGCUGCGGGGCCCGCGUUAUCCUGGCGACCCGCAGCGCCCGGCGCGGAGAGGCCGCCGCCAGCCGCAUCCGCAGGGAGACUGGGAACAACGAGGUGCUGUUCAUGCACCUGGACCUGGCCAGCCUGCGCUCGGUGAGAGCCUUCGCCAGCACCUUCCUGCGCCAGGAGCCCCAGCUGCACCUCCUCAUCAACAACGCGGGGGUGAGCGCCGGGGGCACCACGGAGGAUGGCUUCAGCCUGGCCUUCCAGGUGAACCACCUGGGCCAUUUCCUGCUGACGCAGCUGCUGCUGGAGCGGCUGCGGAGCUGCGCUCCCAGCCGGGUGGUCAUGGUGGCCUCCAGCGCCCACUGCGCCGGCCGCCUGCGCCCCGAGAGCCUGGGCCGGCCGCCCUCGGGGCCCUUCCCUGCCUUCCAGGACUACUGCGACAGCAAGCUGGCCAACGUGCUGCACGCCCGCGAGCUGGCCACGCGCGAGCAGGGCACGCGGGUCACCUGCUACGCCGUGCACCCAGGUUUCGUCAACACCUCCCUGUUCCGGCACGCUCCGGCCUGGCUGAAGCCGCUGCUGCUGCCGCUGGCCUGGCUGCUGUUCCUGGAGGCGGCCGAGGGCGCGCGGGCGGUGCUGGCCUGCGCCACGCGGCCGGGCCUCGAGCCCCUCAGCGGCCGCUACCUCANGGGGCGCGACGACCGCCUGGCACGGGCGCUGUGGGACGGCAGCGAGCGGCUGCUGGGGCUGCGGGCGGCCGGGGAGCGGCGCGGGGAGGGCCCUGCUGCUGGCACGGCGCGGGAAUAAAGGUGGUGAGGGAGCCCCGC